AUGCGGGUCGCUCUGAUGUUCCUCCAGCUAGCUCUUCUGGACCUGUCUGGCCCCAAUGAAAUUAAAGGAGUGUGGAAGGCAACUACCAUCCUGCCAUGUAGCUAUGUGCCUGUGAAGGACUUUCUGCAGCAAACACUUAUUUGGACUGUGGAACAUGACCAAAGUUCAGGCACCAUCUUUCGGAGGGACAAUUCUGGUGAUCACAUUCUGCUGUCUGAGUACAGAGAUAGGGUUGAGAUCCCAAAGAACUCUCCAGGGAAUGUGUCUCUCCAUAUUUUGAAGCUUGAAAACUCUGAUAAGGGAACCUACACUUGCCGAGUCACCUGGAGAGCCAGCAACAAUAGCCUGAUUACAAAAGAGAUCUCCACCAGAGUUCAGGUGAUUAAAGGAGCCAGCCCCAGCCUGACGUGCGUGGCCGGCGGAUCCCCCCCCAUCAGCUACCGCUGGUUCCUGGGGGAGCCGGGAGGCGCCGCUCGGCGCCUGAGCAGCGGGGCCGAGCUCACGUUUGACAGCCUGCGGCCCUCGCACUCGGGCAAAUACUACUGCGAAGCAGAGAACCGCGUCGGGGCCCUGGUUGUCCAGCAGAGCGAUGCCGUAGAGCUCACGGUGAGAGGUCUGUCCACAACAACCGUCACUUUCAAGACUGAUGUGGGAAUCCCAAAGGGCCAUAGCAACUCGGUGAAAGCAGAGGCUUCCUCAAGGUUUGACAGUGCGGCUCACUAUGAAGAACCUCUCUCCGCUACUGAAAACAACUAUAUGAUAGAGCCCAUGAGAAACAACAAAUGUGAAGAAACAAACCUGAAAGAGUUUGAUAACCCUGCAAAUUCCAAGGAAUCUGAGUAUGAAGUGGGGGACACUGUAUAA